CUCGGCGGUAGAGUCUCGGGACAAGUUUAUUUUUUUAUUCUAUGUAUAUCUCCUGCUGCUCCUCUCGCUUUGACUUAUUUUCGACGCCUUUGGACACAAACCUUUUGUUUUGCGUGGCACAUAUGCCUCUCUUGUGGGGGAGAUAGCCAAUGAAAGGACAAGAAGAAGAACAAGACAACUUUGCGUUUUGCCUGCGUGCGUGUGUGUAUCAUCCAAAACCAUCGAAACAAUAAGAUCGAUAAAAACGGAGAUAGGAAGAAAAUAAAAAUAAAAAACGAAUAAAAUAAUGGAUAGCGGUGGAGCGGAUGAUAAAGUUGACGAUGACUAUUAUUUGGAAUUGUCGAAAGACCCGGUGCGUUUUGAGUCUGUUAGUAGCCUAACAAACGUAUUUUUCGAUGAUUCGAAACAGCAAGUAUUCGCGGUACGAUCGGGAGGCGUUACGGGAGUUUUGGUAAAGGGACCCGAUCAAAACAUAACCUUUCGCAUGGAGGACAAGGGCCCGGUUAUUUCCAUUAAAUUUUCGCCGUCGAUGAAUAUCCUUGCCAUUCAAAGAACCAACACGUCGGUGGAAUUUGUUAAUUAUUCGGCUUCGACCGGUCUGGACAACGUCGAAUAUUCUCAGUGCUGCAAAGGAAAAAAUGCCACAGUUCAGGGCUUCGUUUGGACUCACGGCAAUGAAAUUUUGCUUGUCACCGAUCACGGCGUCGAACUGUUUCUGGUUAAUCCGACAAAGCGAAACGUCAGAGCUCUUAAAUCGCUCAGUCUCGGUGUUAAUUGGUACGUGUAUUGUCCGCGCAGCUGCAUAGUUUUGUUGUCCUCCGGAACGCUGGGCAAUCAGAUGCAAGCGCUCCACGUAACGCCCGGGAAUCUUCACAAAAUUACUAAAUUCGAGAUGGAAGCAACAGCCGCUAAACCAGGAAAAUUAGCCGUUUCCGAGAGAGACGUUGCCCUGGCUGUUUUGUACGGAACUCCUUGUAUAAUCGUAUUGCGUCAUCAACCGGGAGUGAAUCGCUCUCUGGGAACGGCCUUUGUCUGCGUCUAUACCGUACACAAAAUGUUGACGAUAAAAAAGAGUCACGUUCUCAAGCUCGACAUGAGUGGAAGAUUUGCGAUUAAUGUUCUCGACAAUCUCAUAAUCGUUCAUCAUCAAGCUUCAAAGACGUCGAUGAUGUUUGAUAUAAUGCUGCCGGGGGUGAGCGAUGGAACGGUGAUGCAUCAUGCAAGCGUAGCAGUACCAAAGCCUAUCAAACCUUACAGCCUUAAAGUACCGGGAACGAGUUUUUCCGAAACAGAUCGAAUUCAGCCUUGUCAAUUGUAUUCUCCAAAUUGGGUAGUUUUUCAACCCAACAUCGUGAUCGACGCGAAACUCGGAUGUCUCUGGUAUAUCGAGCCGCGGCUAGAAUCGCUGCUUAACCUCAUACAGGACAAAGUUCUUUUGGUAGAGUUUUUGAUGCUGCGAAAUGACGCCAAAGCAAUUCUACUUGGUGUGUUGCGAUCGUUGGUUGGUUCUCAACUCCCGAAGAGGCUCAUGGACAUGCCAUCGAUAUUCGACAAAUUAAACGCGGUCUAUCGAAAUCACUUGGAAAACGAAAUUCAGAGUCAGAUGGGAACGCCUUUGCAGAAUAUUACGAAAAACUUGAGCGGCCCAAACGCCGCAGACGAUUUGUCAUACAAAUUGUUGCUGGAUCAGAGCGACAUGUACACUCAUAUACUGUCCAAAUUUCCGAGCGAUACGAUCGAACCGAAGAUGAUUGUUUGGGUUCUUCUCGAAUACAUGAGAUCCCUUGCGGAGCAUGGUAUUCCCGUUCAACAUUAUUUGCACGAAUUGGUUAUAACGACCCUCGUUCAGAGAAAAGCGUAUUAUCAGCUUCAUCAAUUGCUCCAGUAUCACGUGGUCGCUGACUCGAAACCACUCGCAUGUCUUUUGCUCUCCUUGGAGAAUCUUUAUCCAGCCGCUCAUCAAUUAGCUCUGGACAUGCUCAAGCGUUUGGGUAACGCGCAUGAGGAAAUAAUCGAAGUAUUGCUCUCCAAAGGUCACAUACUCCCUGCUCUCAGAUACGUCCGUAGCGUUGGAAUGACGGAUCAGAUAUCUGCGCGAAAAUUCCUCGAGGCGGCCAAAACUUCCAACGACUCGACUCAAUUUCACUCGGUCUUCAAAUUUUUCGAGCAACGCAACGUCAGACUGAGAAACACGACUUCCUUCACACGGGGCGAGCAUUGCCAGUCCUACGUUCGUCACUUUGAUUAUCUCUUUCACGGUAAUGAGGAGAAUACCUCCGAAUCCACCGCCGACGCUAAUUCCAAUCUCUCCUGCUCUUCCUCCGUUAUCUCGGCGCAGGAUUGAAAUUUAGCAAAAAAUCCAGUUUUUAUUCAUUCAAGUAUACGACGCUACACUCGAAUCGGAUCAGCCCCAGAGCAACGAGCAAUACUCGAUUCCUCCAACAAGCGAUACGACGACAACCAAAUAAAAAGGCACACCAAUUUCAUUUUUCAUUAUAUAUACUUUAUUGAUAAAUCUUUUUCUCGAUAA